GAUUUGACAAUUUACUAAAUGAACAUAACCUUAAAAAGUUCCGAGAACUGAGGAGAAAUUAUUGGAAAUUAUAAUAAUAGUAAAAAAUACCGGUAUUACAUAAUGCUUUGCUCAGUUUUAUUAUAAAGAUAGCCAAUACCAGAUUCAUGUAGAAGUUUUGGGUAUGGAGGAAGUAGAUAAAAUAAUUAUACAUUCACUGAAAGAUGUUGGAUGUGAUAUCGACGAUGAAAUUAAGAGCUUACAACAAUUUACAACCGAACUGGUUGUUGAAGCUGCCGUUAAAUGUUUGGAUGUAAUUGUUACACCAAAACUAGGUCUUCCAACAUCUCUACCUCAAUCCAUGUCGGCGAGAUUUAGGCUUGGGACAACCAUUGCCGAAGCUUGCUUGGAACUUGGCUACAAUGGGGAAAUGGGAUACCAAACGUUUCUUUACCCUAGCGAAGCAGAGCUCCGUAAAAUCUUUGUUUUCCUUAUAGAGAAAUUACCCAAAGAUUCUGAUAAAGGAACAUCUCAAGAUGAUGACGGAGUGCUAACUCUGCGCCAACAGAUCGGCGAAUGUCUGAAGGCAUCGUUGGCGAGGCCAUGGGUGCGAAGUAGGGGCGCCGUCGAAUACAUUCCAUUUCUAGCCGAACCUCUCGAGACGGGAAUAUCGUUGCCUGGACAGAAACGCGACUGCACUCCACAAGCGUGGAGAGACUACUGUGUGAAUGAGCUGCCGUUUGUUCACGAGCAGUUGAAAGUGAGACAACUGCUGGCGCCUUCGCUAUUGGUGGAGAACGCCUGUGGCCUGGUGGGUGGAGGAGGGGCAAACAGCCUAGUCAGCACUCCGACUGGCCCCUCAGGGGUGGCGGCCUGCUGGGGUGGCAGGGAGGCCACCAAUCACAGGCCCCAGAACAUGUCCUGGCUGGCGGUCAGGGAGAAGCUGGUGCAUCGCAGUGAAAAUCUAAGAGCGAAAAGUGAACCGCCGAAAAGUGAACAAAUGCAAAAAUCAAUGGACAGCCAUGUUGAAGCGGAAGCCGAUGCAAAAAGUGAAGAACAAAGAAUGGAAGAGGAGAGGGUUGCCAUAGAACAAUUGAGGGAGAAAAUUGAUGAACUGAAAACUUUGUCGAAAACUCUCAAUGCCAAACUAGUCAAUAUUGGAAAAGAGACAGAGAAAGAAGUGGAAAUAGCAAAAGCGCGCAAAAGAGACUCGGAAAUGAGACAGAAAACGGUGGAUCUGCUGCCGGACAGUGAUGCCAACAUUGCAAAGUUGGAAGCAAUGCUGCAAGCUUCGGUUCAGCGCAUGAUAACACUGGCUGAGAAGUGGGAGAAGCACAGGGCGCCUCUAAUUGAAAGCUAUCGGGAGGCUAGGAAACGCAUUGCUAGUAGGAAUACGGAGAGCGUGAGACAACAAGAGACGACGAGAGAGAUGAGAGAGAAGCUGAGAGAGCUCGCCGAUCAACUGCGCAACAAAGAAACAUUCCAAACAAGACUGCAAGAAGACAUUGAAAAAUUGCCCAAGGAUAUCGUAACAAGGCCAGCUUAUACGAGGCGAAUUAUGGAAAUAAUUGGUAAUAUUAGAAAACAGAAAGAGGAUAUUGAUAAAAUUGUAAAAGAUACCAAACAGUUACAGAAAGACAUCAAUAACGAAUCCGGGAAACUGGAAAGAUCAUUCACCGUCGCUGAUGAUCUUAUAUUCAGGGAUGCGAAACGCGAUGAGUCGUCUAAAAAGGCGUACAUAAUGUUGGCAAAACUGCACUCUGAGUUCGGGGAGUUGGUGGCUAUGGUGGAGGAAAAUGGAGCCAUUGUCCGCGAAAUAAGAGAUCUUGAGGAACAGGUGAGUGAUAUUAUUAUCGAAUAUUAG